GUGACGUAAUCUUUGCGCGACGACUAUGACGUCAGUUUUGUGUGUGAGGCAGAGUCUGAAAAAAAGUGUUUUUUUUCUUGAUGAAAUGGGAGCAAAACUAGUCCUUUUUGGCGCGUCGUUGUGUUUUUUAACGAACAGAAAUGUUUUACUGUAGUUCUGUAGAGUAAAGAAAGCAACAACCGAAUUUAAACGCGAACCACGCGCCGUUUUACCUGAACCGAAGAAAACAAGAGCAGCCUUUUUUUUUUUUUUUUUUUUUACCGUUUUCAGAACCGGUGGAAUGACAACUUUAACGCGCCAGGACCUGAACUUUGGACGAGUGGUCGCUGAUGUUCUCUGCGAGUUCCUGGAAGUUGCUGUUCAUCUCAUUCUCUACGUCCGUGAAGUUUAUCCUUCUGGGAUUUUCCAGAAGAGAAAGAAGUACAACAUUCCUGUGAAGAUGUCCUGUCAUCCGGAUCUGAAUCAGUACAUCCAGGACACUUUGCUGUGCAUAAAGCCCCUCAUUGAGAAGAAUGAUGCCGAGAAGGUGGUGGUGGUCAUCGUGGACAAAGACCAUCGUCCUGUUGAGAGAUUUGUCUUUGAAAUCUGCCAGCCCCCCCUCCUCUCCAUCAGCUCGGACUCUCUGCUGUCACAUGUGGAGCAGCUGCUGAGGGCCUUCAUCCUGAAGAUCAGCGUGUGUGAUGCUGUCCUAACCAGUAACCCCCCAGGGUGUUCGUUCUCCGUGCUUGUGCACACCAGAGACGCUGCGACACGCAACAUGGAGAAGGUCCAAGUCAUGAAGGAUUUUCCGUGGAUCGUUGCUGAUGAACAGGAAGUCCACAUGAAGGAGCCGAGACUGGUCCCUCUCAAGUCUAUGACCUCAGACAUCAUCAAAAUGCAGCUUUACGUGGAAGAACGAGCCCAGAAGACAUAGCCUUCGCUCCGUUAAGUUGUGGUGUUCUGUGACAUAAAGGGAUGAAGAUGUUUGCAGAACCUGUUGGAUCUCACAGAUUUCCUGGGAUCUGAAUGGAAGAUGGUGGUUGGGUCUUCUUUGAUCAGCUGCAGUGAUGUUCUGGUUCAGCCUGGACAGGUUUCUGUAAUCUACUGUGAUGUCCUGCUGAAUGUCUUCACCAUCAAACUCCUAAUAAACGAAUGAUACGUG